CUUUACGUGGUUUUAGUUUCCCGCGAGCGCCAAAGUAGAGGUAAAAAUACUUUUACUCUGGGAAGUAAGGGUUCCUGUUAACCGUACUGAACAAGCGUAACGGUUUAUGUAUUGAGUAGUGGUUUGUUCUCUACCAUGUCGAAGCAAAAAACGCUGUUUAGUUUCUUCACAAAAUCCCCCUCUGUUGUCACCGGUAAAGCCAAAGCUAGUAACUCGCCCACAGAAGGAGAUUUGCCGUCAGCCGUAAAGAACACUAAUACUUCUCCUAAAGAGGAGGCAACUCAAGUCCUUGUCAAGAAGACCCCAGCAAAGCUUACUGCAGCUUCAGAUAAAGGAAUUAAGAAAUUCGUGCAAAAGGCAAAGCCUCUUGCAUCUAGUUGUGAUUUCACACCUGGAGACUUAGUAUGGGCAAAGAUGGAGGGGCACCCAUGGUGGCCAUGCCUUGUAUACAAUCACCCCGCAGAAAGCUACCACCUUAGAGGAAACAGAAAAUCACUUCGGAUCCAUGUACAAUUCUUUGAUGACCCUCCGCUGAGAGGCUGGGUUAGUGUAAAGUAUGUGAAGCGUUACACAGGUUCAAAUUCCAAGGAUGCACAGAGAGGUGGUAUGUUUUUCAGUGGCAAAUCUGAGAUACGCCGGGCUAUGGAACAGGCAGAUAAUGCCAUAAGUCUGGAUAAAGAAAAACGCCUAGAGUUAGCUGUAUGUACAGAACCUUCAGAGAAUGAAGAGGAGGAGGAAGACAUGGAGGUCGAUGCUGAAGAAUCUGAUUCAAAUGACAUUGAAGAAGAAGUGAAUGGCAGUCUGCCAACACAGCAUGCAAGAAGGGCUGCAAAGGUAAAACGACGCCGAAUUGUGGACUCUGACAAUGGGGAUUCUGAUGCUGAAUUCAAGCCAGAUGAGGACACAGAUGAGAGCAGUGAGGAAGGUGGUAGUAGUGGUGUGGAUGAAAAUGAAAUCAGCGAGCCAGAGAGUGAAUCAGAUCCGGAAAGCCCAGUCAAAGUUCCAGUUAAACGUAAACGUGGUACGUCAAAUACUCCUGCUAGGCACAAGGUGGUGACAAGCAGUGAGGAGUCUGAUACACCUAAAAGAACAGUUACAUUGUCUAAGGAUACAAAAUCAAGGUUGUCUUCAUUUUCUGCACCAGAGAAAUUUGAAAGUCAAAAUACUAGUGGUAGUGGUGCUGGUGGUACUAAUGGUAUGGUCUGGGACCAUGAGAAACUUGAAUGGUUACAGGAUGGAAAGCGGAAAGAUUCGAAAAGAAGAAAACAGGAUAAUCCUGACUAUGAUCCAACCACUGUUUUGGUGCCUGAGGAAUUCCUAAAUAGGUGCACCCCAGGGAUGCGUAGGUGGUGGCAGCUGAAGUCUGAAAUGUUUGAUACUGUAAUAUUUUAUAAGGUUGGUAAAUUUUAUGAGCUUUACCAUAUGGAUGCAGUUACAGCUGUAAGUGAAUUGGGACUUACCUUCAUGAAAGGCUGCUGGGCUCAUUCAGGUUUCCCAGAAAUUGCUUUUGGUAGAUUUUCCGAUGUUUUGGUACAAAAAGGGUACAAAGUUGCAAGAGUGGAGCAGACAGAAACUCCUGAAAUGAUGGAAGUACGUUAUAAGUCCAUGGCGCAUCCGUCAAAGUUUGACAAAGUUGUGCGUAGGGAAGUCUGCAGAAUAAUCACAAAAGGUACACAGACAUACAGUGUUCUAGAUGGUGACCCAUCAGAAAGCUGCAAUAAGUAUCUUUUGUGUAUUAAGGAAAAGGCAGCUGAGGAUUCAGCAGGCCAUUUUCGUAUGUAUGGAGUUUGUUUUGUAGAUACAUCUGUUGGAAGAUUUCAUGUAGGCCAGUUUCGGGAUGAUCGUCAUUGUUCACGCUUUAGAACCUUGGUGGCACACUACUGUCCUGUACAAAUCCUGUUUGAAAAAGGAAACCUUUCUGCCGAAACUAAAAAAAUAUUGAAGGGAUGUUUGUCUUUUGCUAUGCAAGAAGGAUUAAAUUCUGGGUCUCAGUUUUGGGAUGCUUCUAAAACACUAAAAGUAUUAGCUGAAGAGGGGUAUUUUAAGGAGCUAAAAAAUGGUGAUGGCAGCAAUUUGCUGCCAGAGGUUUUAAAAAGUAUGACUUCUGCAAGUGACUCUCUUGGACUUUCUGCUGGAGAGAACUAUGAACUUGCAGUUUCUGCUCUUGGAGCUUCUGUGUUUUACCUCAAAAAGUGCCUUAUUGACCAGGAACUCUUGUCACUGGCAAACUUUGAAGAAUAUAUUCCUGUUGACAUUGAAGUUGAAAAAGCUGGAGAUGCAAAUAGCUUCUUUGCUAAAACAAAACAGCACAUGGUGCUGGAUGGUGUAACACUGACUAAUUUGGAAAUCCUGCAAAAUGGAGCAAAUGGUACCUUAGAAGGCACUUUGUUAGAGAGACUUGAUACUUGUUGCACUCCAUUUGGUAAACGACUUCUCAGGCAGUGGCUUUGUGCACCAUUAUGCAACCCGUUCUCAAUUGAUGAUCGCCUGAAUGCUGUUGAAGAUUUAAUGAGUUUACCAGAGCAGGUUUCUGAACUGCGUGAUCUUCUAAAAAAGCUACCAGAUCUCGAGAGACUCCUUAGCAAAAUUCACAGCAUCGGGUCACCGCUAAAAAGCCAAGAUCAUCCUGACAGUCGUGCAGUUCUGUAUGAGGAGACAACGUACAGCAAAAAGAAAAUUGCAGACUUUUUGUCAGCCCUUGAAGGGUUUAAAGUAAUGCAGGAAGUUAUUAAAGUCAUGGAAGCAACUGUUAAAAAUUUAAAGUCAAAGCUUCUAAAACGGAUACUUAGCUACAAGUCCAGUACCUCAGAAGGACUCUUUCCAGACCUCUCAGGAGAGCUAAAGAGGUGGGACACAUCUUUUGAUCAUCAGAAAGCCAGGAACACUGGUGUCAUUACUCCUAAAGCUGGGUUUGACCCAGAAUAUGAUCAAGCUUUGAGUGAUAUAAAGGAGACAGACUCUCGCCUCCAAGAAUAUUUGGAGAAACAGCGCAAGUGUCUUGGAUGUAGAAAUAUUGUUUACUGGGGUACUGCUAAAAAUCGUUAUCAGUUGGAAAUUCCUGAGAAUGUUGCUGAACGUCACUUGCCAGCAGAGUAUGAACUGAAAUCGACCAAAAAGGGGUUUAGGCGUUACUGGACUACAGAGAUUGAGAAGAUGUUAGCGGAUAUGAUCAAUGCUGAAGAACGACGUGAUGCUGCACUUAAGGACUGUAUGAGAAGACUGUUCUACAACUUUGACAAAAACUACAAGUCUUGGCAAACUGCUGUGGAAUGCAUAUCUGUACUAGAUGUCUUAUUGUGCCUAGCCAGCUACAGUCAGGGUGGUGAUGGACAAAUGUGCAGACCUGUGAUUCUACUUCCAAGUAAAGACACUAAACCAUUCCUGGAACUUAGAGGUUCACGGCACCCUUGUAUCACAAAGACCUUUUUUGGAGAUGAUUUCAUUCCUAAUGACAUAAUUGUGGGUUGCAAAGAUACUGAAAACACAGGUGAUGAAGGAAGUAAAGCUUCCUGUGUGCUUGUAACAGGACCAAAUAUGGGUGGUAAAUCCACUCUUAUGAGGCAGGCUGGUCUUCUGGUGAUAAUGGCCCAACUUGGUUGCUUUGUACCUGCUGAGACCUGCAAGCUUACACCAGUUGACAGAGUCUUUACAAGACUUGGUGCAUCUGACCGAAUCAUGUCUGGCGAGAGCACCUUCUUUGUUGAACUAAGUGAAACAUCCAGCAUUCUGCAACAUGCAACUGUACAUUCUCUUGUGCUUCUGGAUGAACUGGGUCGAGGCACGGCAACGUAUGAUGGAACAGCUAUAGCCAGUGCUGUGGUUAAAGAGCUUGCAGAAAAUAUCCAGUGUCGCACUUUGUUUUCAACACACUAUCAUUCUUUGGUUGAGGAUUAUUCCAGGUGUGCGUCAGUACGUCUUGGACAUAUGGCAUGCAUGGUUGAAAAUGAGUGUGAAGAUCCAAGCCAGGAAACCAUCACAUUCCUUUAUAAGUUUAUUGGAGGUGCCUGCCCUAAAAGCUAUGGCUUUAAUGCAGCAAGGCUUGCUAAUAUCCCAGAGGAGGUUAUUCAGAAGGGGCACAGAAAGGCAAAGGAGUUUGAGAGAAUCACAGUUUCAUUACGACUCUUCAGAAAAAUUUGUUUGUGCGCAGAGGAGUCUGGCAUAGAUGUCAGCGCUGUAUCCGCUCUGGUGAAGACAGUCAAUGAACUACUAAUCUGAUUUUUGUUGGCAGUGGGUCAUGUGAACUGUUUCUUUACAUGUGUUAUCUAUUAAAGUUUAUUUUUUAAAAAAGA